AUGACUGCAGGAAUAUGUAAAGGAUCUCCGAAGACUGGGGUUCGAGACUUAUCAUCUAAAGAUGACACAGGGGGGCGUGAGGGUCACAAGGCGUGGAGGCAAGGUACAGUAAGUGCGUGCGGUACUAAGAAGGCCCUACAGGAGGGUGAUACACGGAGAUGUGGGACGCAUGUACAUGGGCAUUUCUUGAUCUACCAUCCGCCCCAGUUCCACGAUCCAUUACUGUACCAGGAAGGGGAGGAAUUGGAAAGGAAGGAAGGGGACCGACCCAAGGAAGAAAAUGGCCGGGCCCUCUCAUGCCCCCUCCGUCUCUUCUCUUUCCAAGCCGAAAUGAGUAAUACGACGCACAGUAGUAAGGCCCGUGUGAGAGCCCCAUGGGAAGUCUGGGGCUAA